AUGGCUUUUGGGUCUGAGAACGAGAGCGAGACGAAGAUGGAAGGUUGGUUGUAUAUAAUUAGAUCCAACAGAUUCGGAUUACAUUUCUCUAGAAAACGUUACUUUGUCCUUGGAGAUCAUCUUCUCCAGAGUUUCAAGUCUGUCUCCGAUUCUCAAACCAAGACUGCUGGACGAAGUGCGGUAAUCGAUUCCUGUAUCCGGGUUACUGACAAUGGGAGAGAAAGUGUUCAUAGAAAAGCAUUAUUCAUAUUUACAUUAUACAAUACCUCAAAUCACAAUGAUCAGCUCAAGUUAGGAGCAAGCAGUCCUGAGGAUGCAGCCAGGUGGAUCAAUUUAAUCAAAGAGGCAGCUUUAAAGGGUGCUCCUUUUCCAGGAGAUGUUUUUAAUUGUUCAAGGAGCCGAUGGGACUCUCUGAGAUUGAGUAGCUCAGCUCCGGACCAUCACCCAAGUUCUAUUGACUGGACGCUCCGUUCGUCUGCACGAGUGGAUCCUGUUACAACUGAUGUUGUUGCGCCUUCUCCUUGGACAAUAUUCGGUUGUCAAAAUGGUCUUCGUCUUUUCAAAGAGGCAAAAGAGAGAGAUUCUCUUGGAAGGUGGGAUGAUCAUCCGGCCAUCAUGGCUGUUGGAGUUGUUGAUGGAACYUCAGAAACUAUUUUCCAAACGCUUCUUUCUCUUGGACCCUCAAGAUCAGAAUGGGAUUUCUGUUUUUACCAAGGCAGUGUGGUCGAACAUCUUGAUGGUCACACUGAUAUAAUUCACAAACAGUUAUACAGCGAUUGGUUACCUUGGGGCAUGAAAAGAAGAGAUUUUUCGCUGCGGCGUUACUGGAGAAGGGAAGAUGACGGAACAUAUGUUAUUCUCUAUCAUUCUGUAUUUCACAAGAAGUGUCCGCCUCAGAAAGGCUAUAUCCGCGCGUGCCUUAAAAGUGGUGGUUAUGUGAUUUCUCCCAUAGACAAUGGAAAACAAUCAGUUGUGAAGCACAUGCUUGCUGUUGAUUGGAAGUCUUGGAGAUCUUAUCUGAAACCAUCUCUUGCUAGAUCUAUUACCGUGAAAAUGCUUGGAAGACUUUCUGCCCUGAGAGAACUGUUUAGAGCAAAGCAUGGAAGCUUUCCGUCCAAUCUGUCGUCAGGGGAGUUGACAAGGAGCGCAAGAUUGAGUCAGAAUGAAGAUGGUGGGUUCGGUGAUUCUACUCUGAGCGAAAGUGGAAUGUUUAAGGACAAUGCAAAUGCAGAGGCAGAAAAAUUUCCUUCAGAAAGGUCUAGCCUUGUAGACUUGAAUGAUGGAGUUGAUGAAUUUUUUGACGUUCCAGAACCGUCAGAUAAUGACCAUUUGGAUGACAGCUGGACCUCAGAUUUUGAUUCAGAUACAUACUCACAGGAAUCCCGCCAGCCAAAACUAAAUAGCGCUACGAGUUUAGUGAAAAAAUUACAUGAUCUUGCAGUUCAAAAGAGGGGUUAUGUUGACCUGCAUGAAAGGGCGAGGGAUGAGAUUAGUGUACCUUGCUGCUAUGGAGCCACACUUCCAACUGAUCCUAACUGUGCCUUGCCUUGUAGUUGGACAACAACCGACCCCUCUACUUUUCUCAUCCGAGGAAAGACUUAUCUUGAAGACCAGACGAAGGUCAAGGCAAAGGGUACACUGAUGGAAAUGGUAGCUGCAGACUGGCUAAAAUCUGACAAGCGGGAGGAUGAUUUGGGGUCCCGUCCAGGAGGCAUAGUUCAGAAAUAUGCAGCAAAAGGUGGACCAGAGUUCUUUUUCAUCGUGAAUAUACAGGUUCCUGGAUCAACAACGUACAGCCUUGUGCUUUAUUACAUGAUGAGCACUCCCAUUGAAGAGCAUCCUUUGCUAGUCAGCUUUGUUAAUGGGGAUGACGCAUACAGGAAUUCAAGGUUCAAGCUCAUUCCUUACAUAUCCAAGGGCUCUUGGAUAGUUAAGCAGAGUGUGGGAAAGAAAGCAUGCCUUGUUGGCCAAGCCCUUGAGAUCAAUUACUUCAGGGGAAAGAACUAUAUUGAGCUGGGCGUUGAUGUUGGGUCAUCAACUGUUGCAAGAGGAGUUGUGAGUCUCGUUCUUGGUUACCUCAACAAACUCGUUAUCGAAAUGGCAUUCUUGGUACAGGCAAAUACCGAAGAGGAGCUCCCAGAAUAUCUCCUUGGAACAUGUCGGUUGAACCAUCUAGAUGCUUUGAAAUCAGUUUCUGUUAUUCCAUAG